AAUCCUGGGAAAGUUCCAGGGGCAGGCUGGCUGGCGGAGGGAUCUGGCACGCAGGCACUGCGGCUCCAGCCUGGCUGACGCCGGGGUUGUGGCGCUCCGCUCCGCUCGUGGAGGCUCAAGGGCUCCUAGCAAACACGCUCCCCACCUUGCUCUAUCCGCGCCACGCUCAACUGGGCAGCCAGACAUCACACGCAGGAACAGAGGGACAGGAAUUGCCCCCGUCUUUCACAACAGUGAAGCGCUGUAGUGAAUGGACAUCACACAGCAGAGAUGACUGAAACCUGACCUGCACGAGGAAUAACAUUCAUGACCGGAGGCUACCAUUCUGACCAGACCGUAUUUCUGCUGAGAGAGAGAGGGAGAAAGAGACAGAGAAAAAUCCGAUAUUUGGGAUUAUUCCAACAUUCCCACCUCCGUUCCAGACCUUCCUCCCUACUUCUGGUCUCUUCAGGAAGCACCAACGGAACUAAUGAACCCCAGUUUCUGUUUACAUAGACUCCUCACACUUCGAGCUCCAUCCCUGAUCCCUCGUUCCUGCUCUCCUUUAGCCAUCUGGGAAACAAUCCAUCCAUCACGCUCCUCUUCUAUCUCCCUGUCCCCCCCCCUCUCUCACCUCCUCUCAUCACAUUCCCUCCCUCUUUCACCCGAAGUGGUGGUUCUUCUCCCUCCAUCCAUCCAUCCAUCUCUACAUAGCACCAUCCCUCCCUCCAUCCAUCUCUACAUAGCACCAUCCCUCCCUCCAUCCAUCUCUACAUAGCACCAUCCCUCCCUCCAUCCAUCUCUACAUAGCACCAUCCCUCCCUCCAUCCAUCUCUACAUAGCACCAUCCCUCCCUCCAUCCAUCUCUACAUAGCACCAUCCCUCCCUCCAUCCAUCUCUACAUAGCACCAUCCCUCCCUCCACCCAUCUCUACAUAGCACCAUCCCUCCCUCCAUCCAUCUCUACAUAGCACCCUCCCUCCCUCAUCAUGCAUUCCUCCACCUCCAUCACGUCCCUCUUCUCCUUCACCAGCCCUGCAGUGAAGAGGCUUCUGGGAUGGAAACAAGGGGAUGAAGAGGAGAAGUGGGCAGAGAAGGCUGUGGACUCUCUGGUCAAGAAACUAAAGAAGAAGAAGGGAGCAAUGGAGGAGCUGGAGAAGGCCCUCAGCUGUCCCGGACAACCCAGUAAGUGUGUGACCAUCCCUCGGUCUCUGGACGGUCGUCUCCAGGUAUCCCAUCGUAAAGGUCUCCCCCACGUUAUCUACUGCAGAGUGUGGAGGUGGCCCGACCUACAGUCUCAUCACGAACUCAAGGCCUUGGAGUGCUGCGAAUUCGCCUUCGGAUCCAAACAGAAAGACAUCUGUAUCAACCCCUACCACUACAGACGGGUAGAGACACCAGUGCUUCCCCCAGUGUUGGUCCCCCGCCACAGUGAGUUUAACCCCCAGCACAGUCUACUGGCUAAAUUCCGGAACGCCUCGCUCCACAACGAGCCCCUGAUGCCCCAGAAUGCUACAUAUCCGGACUCCUUCCCUCCUCUCCCUUGCGCCUCCUUUUCCUCCACCUCCUCAUCCUCUCUCACCCAGUCCCCCACCUCCGCCAGCUACCCCAACUCUCCCAGCAGCUCAGCCGAACCUACCAGCCCCUACCACAUCACAGCAGAGACCCCACCUCCCCCCUAUAGCAUGAUGGAGACAGUCCCAACUGAGGAUGUCAAGCCUGGAGACUCCACACACAAGCUCACCUUCUCAGCUCCGCACAUAGAUCUGCGGCCUGUGUGUUAUGAGGAGCCAGAGUACUGGUGUUCAGUGGCGUACUACGAGCUGAAUAAUCGUGUUGGAGAGACGUUCCACGCCUCGUCCCGUAGCGUCCUGGUGGACGGCUUCACCGACCCCUCCAACAACAAGAACCGCUUCUGUCUCGGCCUGCUGUCUAACGUCAACCGCAACUCAACCAUCGAACACACACGCAGGCACAUAGGAAAAGGUGUCCAUCUCUACUACGUGGGUGGUGAGGUGUAUGCCGAGUGUCUGAGUGACAGCAGUAUCUUCGUCCAGAGUCGUAACUGUAACUAUCAGCAUGGUUUCCAUGCCACCACCGUGUGUAAGAUCCCCAGCGGCUGUAGUCUGAAGAUCUUCAACAACCAGCUGUUCGCCGAGCUCCUCUCUCAGUCCGUCAACCACGGCUUCGAGGUGGUCUACGAACUCACCAAGAUGUGUACUAUACGCAUGAGCUUUGUCAAGGGCUGGGGUGCAGAGUACCACCGACAGGAUGUCACCAGCACCCCCUGCUGGAUAGAGGUGCACCUGCACGGCCCUCUGCAGUGGCUGGACAAAGUCCUCACACAGAUGGGCUCUCCUCAUAACCCCAUCUCCUCCGUGUCCUAACACAUACACACACACACACACACACACACACAGAUGUGGUCUGUCCUAAAACACACACACACACAUCCUCUGUAUCCUGACACACACACAUCUUAAUGGAUCUAUGCUUAUCUCGACUGACACUAUUGAAAUAGCAGCCUUUUUCUUCCUGACAGGAAUCAACCGUCAUUUAACAUUACGAAUGUUAUUGAAGUUGAUGACAAUCACACAUACAGAAGUUACUGUAGCUUUCAGUUAGUCAAUGUACAAUGUGUCAGUGAUCCAGAUGCCUAAUUGUAUUGUUUUAGCUACUCUGCUGUCUAGUUUUACUGUACGGGCGCUAUCCAGCGUCAACCGACGUCGCUAUAUCCGUUUCAUUGUGUUUUGUUUGUUUAGGUGAUGUCAGAGGUGUGUAACUGUGAUGGGAGCUGUCGAAAUAACACAUCUUUAAUAAAUCCCACCUGCGUUAGAAGUUCAGAAGGAGAAAAGUGUAGGCUAUAGUUGAAAUAAUAAUAACACUCAACUGAAGCAAUUAUAAGGAUUUUUACAUCAGCCAGUCGAGGCGUAGAUUACAACACCGGGAGUCAUUACUAAUGCAACUAGACGCAUCCAAAGGCAAUGUCCUGCACAGCUACAACACCGGGAGUCAUUACUAAUGCAACUAGACACAUCCAAAGGCAAUGUCCUGCACAGCUACAACACCGGGAGUCAUUACUAAUGCAACUAGACGCAUCCAAAGGCAAUGUCCUGCACAGCUACAACACCGGGAGUCAUUACUAAUGCAACUAGACGCAUCCAAAGGCAAUGUCCUGCACAGCUACAACACCGGGAGCCAGUGUUCCAGCUUGUAACACAGCUACAUGAGGUCAUUACUAAUGCAACUAGACGCAUCCAAAGGCAAUGUCCUGCACAGCUACAACACCGGGAGCCAGUGUUCCAACUUGUAACACAGCUACAUGAGGUCAUUACUAAUGCAACUACUAGACGCAUCCAAAGGCAAUGUCCUGCACAGCUACAACACCGGGAGCCAGUGUUCCAGCUUGUAACACAGCUACAUGAGGUCAUUACUAAUGCAACUACUAGACACAUCCAAAGGCAAUGUCCUGCACAGCUACAACACCGGGAGUCAUUACUAAUGCAACUAGACACAUCCAAAGGCAAUGUCCUGCACAGCUACAACACCGGGAGCCAGUGUUCCAACUUGUAACACAGCUACAUGAGGUCAUUACUAAUGCAACUAGACGCAUCCAAAGGCAAUGUCCUGCACAGCUACAACACCGGGAGCCAGUGUUCCAACUUGUAACACAUGAGGUCAUUACUAAUGCAACUACUAGACGCAUCCAAAGGCAAUGUCCUGCACAGUUACAUGAGGUCAUUACUAAUGCAACUAGACACAUCCAAAGGCAAUGUCCUGCACAGCUACAACACCGGGAGCCAGUGUUCCAGCUUGUAACACAGCUACAUGAGGUCAUUACUAAUGCAACUAGACGCAUCCAAAGGCAAUGUCCUGCACAGCUACAACACCGGGAGCCAGUGUUCCAGCUUGUAACACAGCUACAUGAGGUCAUUACUAAUGCAACUAGACGCAUCCAAAGGCAAUGUCCUGCACAGCUACAUGAGGUCAUUACUAAUGCAACUAGACGCAUCCAAAGGCAAUGUCCUGCACAGCUACAUGAGGUCAUUACUAAUGCAACUAGACGCAUCCAAAGGCAAUGUCCUGCACAGUUACAUGAGGUCAUUACUAAUGCAACUAGACGCAUCCAAAGGCAAUGUCCUGCACAGUUACAUGAGGUCAUUACUAAUGCAACUAGACGCAUCCAAAGGCAAUGUCCUGCACAGUUACAUGAGGUCAUUACUAAUGCAACUAGACACAUCCAAAGGCAAUGUCCUGCACAGCUACAUGAGGUCAUUACUAAUGCAACUAGACACAUCCAAAGGCAAUGUCCUGCACAGCUACAUGAGGUCAUUACUAAUGCAACUAGACACAUCCAAAGGCAAUGUCCUGCACAGCUACAUGAGGUCAUUACUAAUGCAACUAGACACAUCCAAAGGCAAUGUCCUGCACAGUUACAUGAGGUCAUUACUAAUGCAACUAGACACAUCCAAAGGCAAUGUCCUGCACAGUUACAUGAGGUCAUUACUAAUGCAACUAGACACAUCCAAAGGCAAUGUCCUGCACAGCUACAACACCGGGAGCCCGUUGCUGCUUUGGCAGCUCCAACGCGGUACACCUCUCCCACAACGCCUAAACAAAAAACAAUGAUGCUGCUAGGCAGUUGUGGGUUAAGGCAGAAUGGAUUUAAUCUAGCCCUUCAGUGUCAUUAGACUGUGGUUUCAACUAUCAUUCAAUCACCUUUUUGUUCACUGUAAUCUACAGAUACUGUAUUCAACCACACAACUCUAGUUUAAAUAACACUUUAACUCACUCAAAGACAGUAGAGUGUGCCCCCUAUGGCACCCUAUUCCCUAUAUAGUGCACUACAUUAGACCAGCCCCCUAUGGCACCCUAUUCCCUAUUAUGGUGCACUACAUUAGACCAGCCCCCUAUGGCCCCCUAUUCCCUAUAUAGUGCACUACUUUAGACCAGAGCCCUAUGGCACCCUAUUCCCUAUGUAGUGCACUACUUUAGACCAGCCCCCUAUGGCACCCUAUUCUCUAUAUAGUGCACUACUUUAGACCAGAGCCCUAUGGCACCCUAUUCCCUAUGUAGUGCACUACUUUAGACCAGAGCCCUAUUCCCUAUAUAAUGCACUACAUUAGACCAGAGCCCUAUAUAGGGCAUUACAUUAGACCAGAGCCAUAUAUAGUGCACUACAUUAGACCAGAGCCCUAUUCCCUAUAUAGUGCACUACAUUAGACCAGAGCCCUAUUCCCUAUAUAGUGCACUACAUUAGACCAGAGCCCUAUUCCCUAUAUAGUGCACUACAUUAGACCAGAGCCCUAUUCCCUAUAUAGGGCAUUACUUUAGACCAGAGCCCUAUUCCCUAUAUAGUGCACUACUUUAGACCAGAGCCCUAUUCCCUAUAUAGUGCACUACAUUAGACCAGAGCCCUAUAUAGUGCACUACACUACACCAGAGCCCUAUUCCCUAUAUAGUGCACUACUUUAGACUAGAGCCCUAUUCCCUAUAUAGUGCACUACUUUAGACCAGAGCCUUAUUCCCUAUAUAGUGCACUACUUUAGACCAGAGCCCUAUUCCCUAUAUAGUGCACUACAUUAGACCAGAGCCCUAUUCCCUAUAUAGGGCAUUACUUUAGACCAGAGCCUUAUUCCCUAUAUAGUGCACUACUUUAGACCAGAGCCCUAUUCCCUAUAUAGUGCACUACAUUAGACCAGAGCCCUAUUCCCUAUAUAGGGCACUACUUUAGAACAGAGCCCUAUGGCACCCUAUUCCCUAUAUAGUGCACUACAUUAGACCAGAGCCCUAUUCCCUAUAUAGUGCACUACUUUAGACCAGAGCCCUAUUCCCUAUAUAGUGCACUACUUUAGAACAGAGCCCUAUUCCCUAUAUAGUGCACUACUUUAGACCAGAGCCCUAUGGCACCCUAUUCCCUAUAUAGUGCACUACUUUAGACCAGAGCCCUAUGGGACCCUAUACCCUAUAUAGUGCAGUAGGGUACCAUUUGAGAUCAAAGGAAACAGUAGUUACUAAUAGAUACGUAUAUGUCAGUGUAUAAAAUGGUGUCUUUACGUGUGGGAAACAUUAUAAACAUGUAUUUACUGUU